CCUGAGGACGCCAGGCGCUGCCUCGUGGGUGUGGGCAGCGCCCCCUCACCCAGGGCCGGCUUCUCGGGCGAGGACCCUCGGGCCCGGGGGCGGGGGACGCACUCCGUGCCUGCCCUGAGGGGGAGACCCCGUCCGGCUGGGCCCAGGGCCCCGGCGGCCCCUCAGGACCCCGGCUUCUUCCUGGGGCCGGAGCCAGAGGGAGCCCCUUGACCCCUUCGGGUCGCCCUUUCCCCUCUCUGGGAGCGGCCUGGGCUCAAGGCUCGGCUCCCCGACCUUUCCACCCUCCUCAUUCUCGGGUAGCCGGGGCCCCUCACCCCGGGGCCGGGAAGAUGGCGAGGGCUCCCGGCUCCCUCCUCCCCUAACCCCGCCCCUUGGGGCUCUCACCCCGGAACCUGUCGGACCGGUUUCCUCGGGGCUCCCCCUCUCCAGCGAGCCGGGCUAUGGCCGCCUCCUCUCCCUCCUCCCCGGGCCCCGGGCCCGCUUCGGCGGCCCCGGCCCCCGCCCCCCGGCCAUCCCCGGCCUCCUCGGGCCUGGGCCGCUGCCGGGCAGCCCUGCUGCUGGCCGUGGGCCUGGACGUGGCGGGCAUGGUGGCCCUGCUGACCGGCGUCUUCGCCCACCUCCAGGUGCAAGGGCGGGACUUCGGAGACCUGCUCAUCUACUCCGGGGCCCUCAUGGUCUUCCUCAGCCUGCUGGGCUGGAUCUUCUGGUACACGGGCAACAUCGAGAUCUCCCGCCAGGAGCUGGAGAGGGACUACGGCCGCAGGCCCGGCACCCUGGCCCGCCUGGCCCACAAGCUGUCCCGGCGCUGGUCCGCCCCGCCGGGCCCCGGGGCGGGGGCCGGGGGCCGGAGGGGGGGCCGGGGCGCCCCCAAGCAGCAGGCCCAGACGGCGCGCCGGGUACGCCUGCAGCUGACGCCCCUGGAGGCCCCGGCGGCGGGAGCGGGGACGGAGUGACCCGGGCCCAGCAGGUGUCCUGCCCAGAUCCGGAUGGAGACAGAGACUGCCGUGGCCCCAGAGGCAAAGACGAGCCCCCUGUUCCUCAGACACAGUUCCCUGUCCCUGCCCCCUCCCUUCCUCCCAUCCGCUGCCCUCUGGACAAACACUCCCCUCCUGACCGGGACUCCCACGUUUAUCUUUGGGCAAUGUUAGGAACCAGUUUAAGAACCCCGGGUGUGGGAGACCAACUUUCAGCACCAAGGAGACUUUGCCUUCCUUGGAGCCUCAAGGACCCCCCCCCCCCACUAAUUGGACCUGGAGAGAUGAAGGGCCAGAUCUCCCCCCCCCCAUUCCCUUUCCACUUCAGUCUCCUGUUGGUAUCUAGGAAUUCUGCCCCCCGGGAGCGAGGAAGCCAACCACGGCCUCCUCGCCUUCCUCCUGCCCUCGAUUGCUUGUCCCCUUCAAGGUGGCCGAGGGAGACGAUUGGCUCUCUAGUCACAUGACCUAGGCCCAGAUUCAGGCUCUGGCUUGUUCCGUGUGACUCUAGACAAAUCCCUUGUUCCUCCGGGCUCCCCACGUGUGAAAUGAGGGCAUUGUAUGUAUAGAUGCAUAUAUAACCUGUGACCCUCUCAGCUCUGAGUCUGUGGUCCGUGACCAAGAGACCGGGUACCAUGGGAGUCCGUCUCUGUGCAUCCCUGCAGUUAUCCAUCAAUCUCCAUAGUGAAGGUGGAUGCUGGGUAAGCUGAGGGGAACGCAAAGACCCAGAGAUUUGGACAUAACGGAGUUAAAACUGUUUAAAGAACAAGCGUGGGACACUGGCCCAGAUGGGAUGGAGAAUUCUCAAGCUUGAAAUGAAGGAAAACGCCGUCUAAAGAGAGCCGUGGAUGCACCGGAGCGCCCUGGAAGGACUCAAAACCGUAAGAAAGCGUGCGUCAGAGACUCAGAGCGUGUAACAAGCCGAAUGUCAAAAUGAGGCAGAGCCCUAUAAAACUCCCAGGACAAAAGUG